GUCUAGCGUUGCGAAGUUACGGAGGUAAUCAUUGACGUUUAAGUGUCAUAAAUAAAAUAAAAUAAGUUAAUGAGUUAAACACAAGAAAUAUAGAUAUAUUGUGAUAUUGAUUACGUUUCUUCUGCAAUGGGUUUGGGAGAAAUAUACAAUUAUUUGUUCGUAGAACUAUCAGUUCCAUACACUCGCGAAUGGUCACUCAUAGCCACGCCGUAUCCACUAAUGCUAAUAAUAUUCAUGUAUAUAUAUUUUGUUCUUUACGCUGGUCCUCGCUAUAUGAAAAAUCGACCGCCAUAUGAAUUGAGAACCUUUAUAUUAAUUUAUGACGUAAUUCAAAUUCUGGCAAACUUGUGGUUCGUUAAAGAGCAUAUAUCUGCCGGUUGGUCUACAGACGUUGCCUUUAAUGGUAUUUUCUACAUGAACCAUUGUGUGACACACAGUAAACUACCUCUUAAUAUGAUUAAACUAUUCGAUAUGGUGUGGUGGCUAGGUUUUCUCAAACUUUUUGAUUUCGUCGAAACCUGCAUAUUUGUAUUAAGAAAGAAACAAAACCAGGUCUCUGGUUUGCACGUGUACCAUCAUGUAUCUAAUUUGACAUUUCUCUGGUAUUAUUUGAAGUACUCUUUGGAUGAAAGAGCGACAUUUAUUUCAUUGUUUAAUUGUGCCGUGCAUGUAAUCAUGUAUAUAUACUAUUUCAUCGCUGGAUGGAGUCCAGAUCUCCAACAGUUGAUAUCUCCCGUCAAACCAUUUAUAACUAAGCUACAGAUGGUACAAUUUAUUGUGAUGAUAGCAGUUAUAGUACCGCCGAUUUUGAAUCCCAACUGCGAAUUGCAACGAGGAAUAGCAGUUAUCUUUAUUGGAAACUUACUUGUAUUUCUGUACUUAUUUAAUGAUUUUUAUAAAAAAAGCUAUACAUCUAAACAGAAGAAUAAAUAACAUUGAGAAACGAUUUUACUAUACGGUUAAGCAGAUAAUACUAAUUAUAUAUAUGUACAAAUUUCAAUAUAUAAUUAAUAUUAUCUAUUAAAUAUAUUAAAUAAAUAU